AUGGACGACACCCCUCUGCUCGGCGCCCUGCCCGGCGCCGACGACGAGCUGGUGACGGAGCUCUUCAACCCCGACGCCCUGACGCUGAGCCCCGGCGUGGCGGCCAAGGCCGAGCCCGACGAGCUGCCCGUGCUGGCAGACGCCUACCUGGGCGCCGACGAGCCGCUGCUGCGCGCGCUGAGCCCGCCGCCGGGGGCCGACGUGCCGGCCGCGCUGCUCGGGGACUUCCCGGGGCUCCCGGAGCUCCGCGCCGCCGACGACGCGGCGCCGACGCCAACCUACAGCGUGCACGUCCUGUCGUCGCUGCUGCCCGGGACGCGCGGGUCGGCGCUGCUGCCCCUGGGCGCCGGAGUUUUGAGUGGAAGCUCACAUUUUGGAAGAUGGUUACCUGUUGAAAUAAAGGAAACAGGUGGCACAGUGACAAGUAACAGCCCAGAUGAUACAGCUUUUCAGAACCCUCUGGCUCAGGAAUCCUGCUGCAAGUUCCCUUCAUCCCAAGAAGCAGAGGAAACCUCCAGCUGCUCUCGGAAGAAAGACUCAAGCCCUAUGGUGAUCUGUCAGCUGAAAGGAGGCACACAGAUGCUGUGCAUAGACAAUUCUGGCACAAGAGAACUCAAAGCGCUGCACUUGGUUCCUCAAUAUCAAGACCAAAACAGAUACCCACAGUCAGAGGUCCCUAAGGCAAUGACUACUUUAGUAGGAAGAUUUUUGCCUGUACCAGCAAAAUUAAAUCUCAUUACACAACAACUUGAUAAUGGCUCCCUCCCAGCGGCAGUCAAUGGGCCUGCCUUCCCUUCAGGACCAACUCUGCAGGGACCACCCAAAAUAACUGUGGCUGGGUACUGCGACUGCUUCGCCAGCGGAGACUUUUGCACCAACUGCAACUGCAACCACUGCUGCAACACUCUGCGCCACGAACUUGAGCGCUUCAAAGCCAUUAAGGCAUGUCUCGACAGAAAUCCAGAAGCUUUCCAACCGAAAGUUGGGAAAGGCAGGCCUGGCGACGCGAAGCCCCGACACAACAAGGGCUGCAACUGUAAGCGGUCCGGCUGCCUGAAGAACUACUGCGAGUGCUUUGAGGCCAAAAUUAUGUGUUCUUCUAUUUGUAAAUGCAUUGGUUGCAAAAACUAUGAAGAGAGCCCAGACCGAAAGACACUGAUGAACACACUGAGCUACAUGGAGACUGGAGAUUUUGAAGGUGGCCACCAUUUGUCACCAACCAAAUACUCAGGACCUCCAAGAUUCCGGAAAGACAGACGGGCCUCCUCCUGCAUCUCCUGGGAGGUGGUAGAGGCCACAUGCGCCUGCCUGCUGGCCCAGGGUGAGGAGGCUGAGCAGGAGCACUGCUCCCAGUGUCUGGCUGAGCAGAUGAUCCUGGAGGAGUUCGGAAGGUGCUUAUCACAGAUUCUCCACACUGAGUUCAAGUCCAAAGGACUGAAAAUAGAGUAGACCACUAAGCUACAGCGGGAAUGCUUGUGACUGCUCCCAGCCUUCGAAGACUCUUGAGCUUAGGAAGGUGUCAUGGAGGAGCAUGAGGAACAAGAGGCCAGGUCUGUGGCCCCACUUGCUAGUAAUGCCCAAGAUCACCUACUUGGGCCUGGCCAGCCUGCUCAGCACCCAGGCAGUGAGAACCCUCUUGUCUGAGGACCCAGACACCAGGAGGAGAGAGCUUGUGUUCCAUCAUUCUGAGAGGGCAAGUGCAGGCCCAAAGGUAGUCUGAGCCUCCACUCGCUCCUUUUGUCUCAGGAAUUGCUACGCAGAGGACUACAGCGUCUUCACGUCACGGGGACUGUUCCUCCCUUGGGUCAGUGGACAGCCACUGUUCUGCAGCAAGAGUGCUGUGUGGGCUUCAAAUUGUAUCUAGUUUCUGCCAUGUUUCUGCUUGAGUUGUAGAAACACUCCCCUUCCAAGUUAACUUCUCCAUCAUUUUAUUAUUUUCCCUUGCAAACUGUGGUUAGAGUAACUUGCUUGUGGAAAGCAGCAAGUAAGAUGAAUUAUUAUGUUGACUUCUGGUUUGUUGUACAGAUAAAGAUGAGCAAACAUUUCUAAUGUCUUUCAUUGUAACUUAGUUAUUAAAAUUACAUUUGUCUCAACA